AAAAGGUUGGGAAGAUGAAGCAGUUCUAAUCAUUCCAACUCUGUUAGAUCCUUAUUUCAAAAUGACUUUAUUCCCAGUUGAAAAACAUAUGCAAUAUAAAGACUAUCUUAUUUAUGAAAUUCGAAAACAAUGCCCUCCAAUUAUUGUGCAUCAAAAUGAAUUUGGAUCUAUAUCAACAACAACUACAAACGAAUCCAAUCCAUUCAAACGAGUUAAAAAUUAUUUAUCUGGAAAUACAAGUCUUGAAAAUGAUUCAAUUUCGCCUCCAGUGCUAGAUGAGCGAUUUCAAAUUUAUUCGGAAGUAGAAGAUUAUUUAACUUCCCCAACAGAAACAGAAUUUCACGAUGUCUCCUCCUAUUGGAAAAACAAAACAACCCAAACAAAAUUUCCCCAUUUAACAGAACUUUUUUUAAAAUUUUGUUGUGCCCCAGCAACCUCCUCAGAAUCGGAACGUUUAUUUUCUACAGUAAAUUCAACUUUGGGUGCUAUGAGAAAGGGGUUGAGUGGAGAACAUUUGGAACAAUUAGUGUUUUGUAGACACAAUAUUUUAAUUAAUGGAUUUUUUUGA